AUGAAAUUCAUCUCAAUACUAUUAUGUCUUUUGGCCUUUACAGCUGCUCUAAGGCUUGAUUUUAACCAUCAAAAUUGCACUUUAGACUUGCAAAAAUUAGGUGUAACAAAUAAUCCAGAAGAAACUACAUUAUCCAAAAAUUUCUUUACAGGAGAUGCUUAUGUAGUUGAAGAUAAUUUGAAAGUAUAUAUAAGAUAUCCAAAUGCUUAUUUCAUUAGUUCAGACUAUUUUGGUCUUGUUUAAGAAGAUGGAAGAACAGCACAAACCACUUGUCUUGAUCUUAAACUAUUGUAAUUCACUUCAAAUUCCUAUUGUAACCCUGUUUAAAUUACAGAUCUUCCCGUAAGAGGUCAUCCCUAUAUAAGUUGGUUUAGCUUUACUAUCUGGAGUUCUUAUUCAUUUUCUAUUCCAGUGUAACACAUAAGGAGAAGAUUAAUAAAAACUGCCUUUUGUGGACAAUCUAUUUACAAAGGCUAUUAUGCUAUUGCUUUUUAUGCUGCAGGUACCGUGAAGCCAUUUUUACAUUCUAUUUUGAAGUCUCAGUUACUGAGAUACUCCGUUUUUCUGAGUAUAGGUUUGAAGCCGUAUUCAAAUCAUUAACUUAAACGUCUACAGCACAUUGCACUCUUAGUGCUUGUUGCAAUGAAAAAGCUGAUACUGUUUUAAACUAGUGCACAGAUUUGACAUGCACGUCAUUUACCACUCCAGAUUUACAUUUCCAUGAUCAUUUUAUAUUAUAGUAAGUUGUGACUACUGCUG